AUGACCUUAGAAAAGGAAGAGGACUUACUUAAGCUUCAGGCAGAGUCUGUAAAUGAUCAACCUGUAACUGAAAAUAAAACAGAAAACAUUGUCGAUGCCUCUGAUAUACCAGAAUCUAUUGCAGAACCAAAUAUGGAACCUUCUACUCCAAACACUGAUGAAACGCAAAAGGUAAGGACGGCAGAAGUUGGGCAAACAGUUGCCGUACCAAUACCUAUGUUUGAUAGAGGGAAGGGUGACAGUAGAAAUUUACUCGGCCGAGUCAUCGAGGUCAAUGAUAAGGGCAAUGCUGUUGUGGCUACAAGAUUUGGACAACUUCUAGGAACAUUUGGAUCAAAUGAGAUGGGAAUAUGUAAACAAAAUUUAAUUCUGGAAGAGGAAAUUAAUUGUGAAACAACUUUAAGAUUACGUGAGGCAGCAACACAUCUGUCAUUAUCCGGAGGUCAAGGAUUUUUCAAAUGUUCUUGUAAAACUAAAUGUUUAAGUAACCGGUGCAAAUGCAAGAAAAACGGGAGAAAGUGCAAUAGUCGGUGCCACAGUUCAACAACUUGUGAUAACAAAUGAUUUUAACACAAAUGUGUAUCAAGUUUUCAUGUUUUAUAAGUGAUAUGUGAUGAGUUUUAAUAUAAAAACAUAUUUUAUCUGUGAUUUUAUUUCCAGUAGAUGACAUUUUAAACUUCAGUUCUCGUAAUUUUAUUAUGUAACAAAUGUAUAUAUUUUUUUUUAAUUGAAUAAAUGUCUUUUAUUUACUCGCAUUUAUACUUUAGGCAUUAAGCUUAAUGCCUGGACACAUUUUU